AUGACACGACUCUUCAUACUCCCUGCCAUAUUUGGCAUCUCAUCCUUAUCCCUAUGGUACAUGAUAUGCUCCGCACCAGGCUGGCCAGAGUCAGAAGGAGGAGUGUUCGAAAUUCCGAAGCAAUUCGACAACUUCACAGUGUUAGCUGACAAAUUUCGAGCAUAUAAAGAAGAUCACUUUGGGUAUAUAACCACACUUUUCAUCUGUGCGUAUCUCUACAAACAGACUUUUGCUAUCCCAGGAUCAUUUCUUUUGAAUGUGAUCGCGGGAGUUGUCUACGAUCUGUGGUCGGGAUUCAUCCUUUGCUGUUGUCUCACAACACUUGGGAGUACACUGUGUUAUCUUUUCUCUGAACUGUUCGGAAGGGAAUAUGUCUUCUACUACUUUGGACAGAAACUAACAUAUCUUCAACAAAAAAUCGACGACAAUUCGAACCGAUUACUACCAUUCCUUUUAUUUGCUCGAAUGUUCCCAAUUUCGCCGUCUUGGCUUCUCAACAUCGUCGCACCGUUCCUCAACAUUCCUCUUCCAAUCUUCGUCGUUUCGGCACUUUUUGGUCUGGCGCCGUACAAUUUCAUUUGCGUUCAAGCCGGAUACAUUUUGAGGGAUUUACGAUCUUGGGAUGACGUCUUCAGUACGACGACAAUGCUGAAACUAUUCUCGUUUGCUCUGAUACCCUUGGCAUACGCGAUAUACAUUCGCCCCCGUGCCAAUAAACAUCAGCUAGUAUCAAGCUCCGACGAAAUAGACGAAAAAGUCAAAAAGAUGGAAAUUGUAUAG